UCAUACUCGCACCCGUGGGAAACGAACCCACAACCCUGGCGUUGCAAGCGCCAUGCUCUACCAACUGAGCUACAUGGAGCACACUAGAAAGGUACAAGUCCUUGAAAGCUACAAUAAAAUGUUGACAUGCCACUCUUAGUCAAUAGCAUAUCCUGCAGCUGGACAGGGCAGAACAUGUAUUUCAAUGAUUUUUGUUAAGAAAAUAUAUAUCCGUUUCCCACAUCUGGCUACCAUCAUUUUGUUGGCGGUGACGUUGGUGUGUCACGAGCUCAUUGACAUGGCUAGCAGCUAAGCUUAGCAUUGUCUUCAAUUUAGUUAUCCACUGCUGGACUAAACAUUGAGCCUGAACUUACUCAUGGUCUCGCAAUAUCACAAUGAUCAGUUUAGCUACAGUAAAAGUAAGUUUGAACAAGUUGAUGUAUUAAAAGACAAUUCGGAUAUUAAAAUAAUAGGUAGAUAGCUAGCUACACCGAAAGUGUAAGCAACCUAGCUAUGACAGCGGGAGAUUCAUUCUCUAGCGCGAAGGGUAACGCGUUGGCUAGAUAGUUUGCUAGCUAACGUGUUAGCCAGUUUAGUUGAAUAGUCAUUCGAAGCGUUCCCGACGCUAGUAGUGAGACUGAGGGAGGAGGACGUCGCUUGCUAACGUUAGCUAGGAAUCUAGUCAAAGUUAGUAGCAAGCUAGCAAUUGCUAUUGCCUUGUGUGCUAGUUUAACUACGGUAAAACGGUAUCGUUACCUAGCCACCUGCUUGCUUGAUGUUUUACAUUGUUCGCUAGCCAAUUACUGUACCAGCAUUGAAAAUAUAUGGCAUGGUUAGCUUAGCUACUAGUUGUCUAGAUUUGAGAACAGCAACAGACCACAUCCACAUUGAGACUUCUGGAAAUCAGCUGACCGCUGCAGGCAGCCAAGGAUACCAGUGAUGGAUCAACUCAAAGUUAAGGACCGAAUAUUGGAAAACAUUUCGUUGUCUGUCAAGAAGUUGCAGAGUUACUUUGCUGCCUGUGAGGAUGAAACUCCAGCCAUCCGGAAUCAUGACCGGGUCCUACAGCGGCUGUGCGAGCACCUCGACCAUGCUCUGCUCUAUGGGCUGCAGGAUAUCUCCUCAGGUUACUGGGUCCUGGUUCUACACUUCACCCGCAGGGAAGCGGUCCGACAGAUAGACGAGCUCCAGCACAUAGCAACCAACCUUGGGCGAAGUCGUGCCUGGUUAUACCUAGCACUGAGUGAGAGCUCCUUAGAAAGCUACCUCCGUCUCUUCCAAGAGAACCAAGGAUUGCUGCAGAAGUAUUACUUCAAAAAUGCAUUGGUGUGCAGCCAUGAUCACCUCACGCUCUUCCUCACGUUGGUGUCAGGACUGGAGUUCAUUCGCUUUGACCUGGAGUUGGAUGUCCCCUACUUGGACGUGGCCCCCUACAUGCCGGAGUACUACAAGCCCCAGAACCUUUUGGACUUUGAGGAGCGUCUCCCAAGCUCGGACAGCCUGUCCCUGCACUCUUUCACCUCCACCAACCUGGAGUGGGACGACAGCGCCAUUGCCCCGUCCAGCGAAGAUUAUGAUUUUGGUGACAUCUUCCCCGUGUUGCAGCCAAGUGCAGACUGGGAAGACGGUGACCUCACCGACCCGGUCAGCUGUCCUCACUCCAGCGCCUCGGACCCUCAGACGGUCUUCAGUGAUUCUGUGAUUCUCCGGGCAGCCGCUGCCGUCAUCACCGUGAGGGGAACGCCGCCGCCUCCGCCCCGCAGCCCCACCUUCAGACACAACCCCUUCAACGAGUACUCGGACACCGACAUCACGCCCGUACACACGGCCAGCCGCCACCACGACACAGGGGACGACAUGGAGAGCACCAGCAACGAGCUAGAGGUUAUUAGAAUGGCCAGACGAAGGAAGCCAUCCAAGAAGCGCUGUGGCGUGAAAAGCUCCACGGUGAGCGGUGACCAGAACACAGUGGCCUUCGAGCAGGUGGAGGCAGACAACAGAGCCCAGGCUGGAUGUGAGGGAGAGGGACCGGACGGAGACACCUGGAGCCCCUCUGUGGGGUCGCCGCAGGGCUCAGGGGCCGAGGCGGUGAGGAGGAGGAGCAGGAGGGGAAAGGGGGAGGAGGAGGAGUCAGAGGGCCUCCUGCGGCUGCCGGAGAUGACCGACACCUCCAUGGACAGCGUUGGCCAGCCCCUACGUGACGUCAUGGACCGGCUCAACGGUGCUCUGGACGGGGGGAAGACCUGGGGGCGACCAGAUGGAGAGGAAGAAGAAGAAGAGGAGAAAACCCAACAGAGUUCCCUCCUCAGAAGGCCCUCCUCCGCCAGCCUUGAAGCCAAACCCCAGCCCCCGGGGCAGCAGCCCUUUCGAGGGGAUUCGAUGGGUGAGCCGCCUGACCCGGAAGCCAGGGUCCCCCCCCUGCUGCGCCCUGCUCUGGCCCCGAGUCCCAACUUCCUGCAGGCCCCCCCGGCUCCUGCAGACUUUUACUGCUUUACCCCCCACAGUCCAGACGCUGCUGCCCUGCGUAGUGGCCACCAUGACACUGCAGGGCAUGGCCAGCCGCAGGCUUUUCCUGGUGGCCAUGAAGUUGAGGCAGAAUCACCGCCAGGACAGGACCCCUCCCUAGAGGAGGAAGAGAGUGAUGUGGAGGAAAAGGAUGAGGCAGUGGUGGUUGAGAAUGGAUUGGCUGCUGGAGAAACUGAAGAGGAGACCGAAGAGGACAGGCUCAGUCCAACGGAAAACUCUCAUCCUGCAGAAUUCAAGGUGGACAACAAUCACCUGCUGCUGCUCAUGAUCCACGUCUUCAGAGAGAACGAGGAGCAGCUCUUCAAGAUGGUAAGGAUGAGCACGGGUCACAUGGAGGGGGACCUGCAGCCUCUCUACCUGCUGCUGACUGACUGUUACAUCUACCUGCUGAGGAAAGGUGCAGCAGAAAAGCCCUAUACAGUAGAGGACGCCAUCUCUUACAAUGAGUUGGACUAUGUCUCUGUGGGCUUGGACCAGCAGACGUUCACGCUGGUGUGCACCAACAGAAGACGCCAGUUCCUCCUGGACACGGCUGACUCAUCGCUGACUGUCUGGUUUUUGGCAGCCCUGACGUCAGCCAUGAUAAAGGGGUGCAGGGAGCCCCCCUACCCCUCUGUGCUGACUGACGCCACCAUGGAGAAACUGGCCCUCACCAAAUUUGUCUCCCAGGAGUCUCACUGUGAGGUGUCUCAAGUGAUCAUCCGCCUCUAUUCUUUGGUCCACUGGGAGGACCCGAUGGAUGUGACUCUUGCCACCCAGACAGUCCUGGUGGGUGCUGGGGACUCCUCCAGCACUAAAGAGGGCCCCCUACUCUACAGAGCAUGCACCACCUACCUGGGCAAGGAGCUGUGGAAGAGCUGUUACCUUGUACUGAGCAAAGGGGUUCUGUACCAGUAUACAGAGAAGACUGAUGGGACACCACUGAUGUCCAUCACUAUGGGGGGUGAGCACUGCGGAGGUUGCCGGCGCUCCAACAGCACAGAGCAGCCUCAUGCCUUCCAGGUGAUCCUGACAGAGCGGCCUCCUCUGGAGCUGAGCGCCGACAAUGAGGGAGACAUGGCCGACUGGAUGCUGGUGCUCUGCCAGUCCGUCUCCAAAGGGGUGAGGGUGAUCCCCCAGGGUGUGGCCCCCACACCGUGUAUCCCUUGUUGCCUGGUGGUGACGGACAGGAAGAUGCUGACAUGCCACCAGGACUGCCAGACCAGCUUCUUCCGCUCGCUGGGCGGAGCUGAGCUCUCUGACGUCACUGCUGUCAGCCUGGAGGACGACAAGGAGUACUGUGUUGUUGAGUUCGCAGUGGACAGGACUCAGUUCCUGCCUCCCUGGGUGCUGUACUUCAGCGGCUGCGAGGAGAGAGACCGCCUACUCGAGGCGCUAGAGAGUGCCUGGAGAGACAUUUUCCAGGUGUGUCUGCCUCGUAGGAGGGUGUCAGAGCCGUCGGUGCAGAAGCGUUGUGGCGAGGCCUUGGCUCUGAUGAGGAGCGCCUGGCAGAGGAGUGACAGCCUGGCCCGGGGACGUGCCCAGAGAGAGCCCUGGUGCUGACAGAGAGACAGACAGGUGGAUGGACAGAUAGGACAAAAGGCUUUCACUACCACUCCUAUUCCUACUUCACACAUCAGGGUCGUAGUCAAUCGCAUUCAAAUGUUGUCAAUUCUGGAAGUGAAUAGAAAAUGUACCAUUAUUUUCUAUGUGGAUUUUUUCAAUUGUCAAAUUGAAUUUCUACUGGGUGACUGAGUUUGAAUGGAAUUCACACCGAGCCUGUUACAUAUAAUUAUGACAACAGCCAUAUAGAUAGAGGGAAACACACACUCCGUUGUGCGUACAUUAUCAAGAGUAUACGGUAAGUUAAGCAUACGAGGACGUGUCUUCAUGGGAUGUUGCGAGACAGAAUCUCAGUUCACACUCCUGGACAUGCACAAAUAUGUAUGUAGGGCUGUGACAGUCAUGGCAUUUUGGAUGACGGUUAUUGGUCAGCCAAAUGACCGCGGUCAAAAAAAAGGUGUAUAUAAAAAAUAAAAAAACAUUUUCUCCUCUGCUCCUGACUGCAUGUGCUGCUGCUGCAAGGGGGGGGGUCGUUGCCUAGGCAACUAAAGACUUGGUUGCUACAACACCUUGGCCUGUUUCAGCAAGGCAUAACAAAGUUUAAUCACGUUGUAAAGAGUCCAUGUUACCGCUGAAACGGACUCAACUGCACAGAUGCCUGCGGUCUUCAGUCAGCUGUUCAUUCAACAAAAUAAAUACAUAUAUAUUUCUUUACCGUUAUUUUAUUUUCAUGACGGUCUUCAUCCAUAAUCGUCUGUUACACGAUUACACGGUAGUUGUGCCAGCCCUAUAUGUAUUUAUGUUCUGCUUGACUUUCCUCUUGUCGUCGAGUCGGCCGUUAGGGGAGGAGGUACACUCGUUAUAAAAUAAGACUCACAUAUGAGGUUCUUUUGAACCUUAACUUAUGAAUACCUCAAACAAAACCCUUCUCUCCCAUGCAUAGGUUUUGAUAGUUAAUUUUCGGUCACUUGAAGUGGAUUCACUAUUAGUUACAGCACUCUUCUAUUGCCUUUGUCGGCCAUCUUGGUUUACAAUUGGGUUUUCCACCUUUUUGUUAUGUCGGGUUGGAUGGUCAAAGUCAGUAUUAAAGUAUCAGAGCGGGGAAUGGUCAAACCUAGCAUGGAUACACUUUUAACAAGAAGGAUGAGAGUAGAGCGUAACUUGCUGUUGAAUGUGAGAUUGCACAUUUGCUUUUGGGUUUCGGCCGUGGUGAUUUUGUUUGAAGGUACAGAUAAGUUCAUUGGGGUUCUGUGUGAAGUUCAUGUUCAGUGCUGCUUUUAAAUCUAAGCACAAAUGGGAGCAAAUAGUUGUUAAUUUGUAACACGACUUGUUAUGUGAGUCUAAUUGUAUAACAUUUAUAAAGGGGGAUAUGUUUGGUUUGUUAUAGUCAUUUGGCACAGACCUCUAUCCUCUAUGAGGGGAGUGUCUGUCAUUGCAUUUGAUGUGUUGCGUAUGGCCUGGUCAAGAUGUGGGAUAUGUCAAUGUUAGUGUGUUCUACGACAGGUGGAGGUGUCAGUGCAUCCCUACUUUAUUACACACCCUGUAGUUUUAAUGUUGCUAUGGAAGCUCUGUUGAGCAAUGACAGACCAUUGCUUUUAGUGCAGUAGUUAUAGUACAACCAGUCCAUAUGCAUUAGUAAAUGAAGAAAAAUCCGGUUGACUAGAGAUGACACUACUUUAUUCAAAUGACUUGUAUUCGCAUUAAUCCAAUUUACCGUUAAAGAAUGUAUCCCCUACCUCAUACAUAAUUAAGUGCAAAACAUCCUCACAUUUGUUUGACAAUGUAGCUAAUUAUUUAUGUAGACGUGCAAUAUCAAAGUAAGAUUUUUGUUGCUGUUGACACGGGGAAUUUAUCCAAUGCCAUGGCUAUCCUGGAAUUGCUCAAGUGCAGAAUGAUGCUAAAACUUUGUGUUACUUUAAAAUGUAUGGCAAACAGAAAACCAAUGAUUGCAAAGUUAAACAAACCAUACAACUCUAUGCACUAGGACUACUUUUAACAGUUUCCACAGAACAUUUGACAAAAACACAUACUUGAACAGUAAAUGUAAAUGUGUUUCUGUCAAAUUUUCAAUUAACAUUUUUAAAAGUCGUCGUUGAGCAUAGAGUUUUAUGGUUUGUUUAAUUUGGCAGUCAUUGGUUUUUGUUUACCAUAGAUUUUUAAGGUGAAAAAUCUGAGUCUCAGGAUCACUCUGUUACUGAGGAAUUUCCCUCAAUCAUCAGGAGAAGGUUUCUGGAGGCUUUCAGUUUCAUUGCCUGUUGCUCCUAAUAAUCAUGUGGCCUUUUUCAUUACCUUAAUUUGAUUGGAGAUAAUGGCCUCAGGCCCAAUUUUGACCAAAUAAAGCACUAUUCUUGAAUGUGGCCUUAUACUGCUGCUGGGUUCUAAUCGAACAUGGUUAACUAUCAGUGAAAUUAAUUCGCAGGUUUGUGAAUACACACUCAAUGUGUGUGUUCCCUGUCUUCCAUUUGCAUUAUAGGAAUAGGCGUAAUCACUAAACAUUUUCUCUGCUUUGAGCAUUUUAAGUGCCACGUGGUCUUGCCUCUAUUCUGCUGUUUCUGUAGGCGUGGGAAGCCGACAUCCCAGAAUUUUGCAUCAGGUUAGAAAUGGUCAAAUUUAUUGAAAUGUAGUAGCCUAGAUCCCAUGCAAAAAAGACCCAACACCUCAAGCCAGGGAAACCAUGUCCUCCAUUUUAGUUUCAACUGACUUCUGUCAUUCUUUAUCCCCUUUCUUUUGUUGGUACUUAUCCCUUAGUUUUCUAAGCAGUGGCGUUCGAGAGCACACUAGAAGUAAGAAUGUUAAAGUCUGAUCUGGAGAAAUGUACAAUUGCGAUACAUAUAAGUAUUUGAAAAGUUUGUCAAUAUUUGAUUGAGGAAAGGAAAUAUGAAGGAUCUUGGAAUCAUAUCCAGAGUUAAGUGAAGUUUGUCCUUAUGAACAGUAAUUUAAAUGUUGGACAUUGCUGGCCAAUGGUGGAUUACAUCUUUUGAUUGACUACUUAGUUUUUACAUUUGUUUUUAUAUCUAUAUAUAUAUUGUAUUAUGUUUAGCUGUCUUUUUUUUAUUUGAAAUGUAUAAAACGAUAAUGGGAUUACUCUAUUGUAUGCUAACCCGUGAUCACACUAAAACCUGCAUGUAUUGAGUGUUUUUAUAUUGCUGAUAACGAAUGUACAAAAAAAACUUGUGAAUAGGACAACAUGAAUAAAAAAAAUUCAAACCAUA